CGCAGCGCCGUUGACGCGCAUGCGCAUUUGUUCCGAACCAACGUGCCCAAGAGUGUGUAACAAUGUUUGACAGUGUUGUUUACAUUUUGCUGUUGCCGCCAAAUUAUUAGAUUUGUUAGUUUUUCUUAAUUAACUAAGACUUACAAGAAUCUCUAUGAAGACGUAUAAAUUAUCAUAACAAUAGAUAAUGAUAAAAAUAUAUUUUAGGACUGUAACAAUGAGUAAUUAUAAUCUCUGCGCUUUGUAAAUUUAAAUGCUAAUUAAUUCGUAGCAUGUAGUGAUUCAAGGCGACAGUUUCCGUGUGUGUGACUGUAGUGUGUUGGGUGUGUGAUAAGUGACGAUCAUAUGGGGCAAUGUGUGUCCCGGGAUGGUCCGGGAUCGUAUGCGUUUGCGAGGCACUAUGAUGCAGAAAGCCUUGCGAGUUACGUCAGUACCACCAGGAGGGGUCACUCUGAGUCGAAAGGUGCUAAGAAACGAGACAAGAGUGUGAGUGGAGGUAAGCAGAGCCGCGGAGUCGCCACAUCGUUUGGUUUCCGGCGACGGCCUGCCAGCACAUCCAGAGCUGACGACAACGCGCGUCGGAACAAAACACGCGAUAAUAACGGAAAUGGCGGUUCCACGGAAGAUCUGCGGGCAGAAGAGGUGUUGUCUGGUCGAUCUACACCUCUUGCGCGACCCAGAAAGGAGACGUCUGGGCAACCAUUGCGAACCAACAGGUUCGGUUUCAGGCAGCAACAUAACAAGACUGCCAAGGUGGCCGACGUAGGUUUGACAGCAGAGCAAGCAUUCUCAUCGCCUAAGGAUAAGGAAACCGCCAUUAAUAAUAAUUCUAUAGAUAAGAAAAGUACAAAUACAUAUAACUUAGUGCCGACACAAGUCACUGGUGGCGGGGUCACAAAUGUCAUCGGAGCGACGGGUCUGCCCAAGUCAGUCUCAAAACAGACAGUAAUACUCACGUACCAGUCACAACAGAUCUCCCAUCAGGAUGGUGGAAAAGUUCCUAAAUCAGAGGUGGCCGGAAUUCGUAGUGCUGUGGCAACGAGACCUCAAGGCUUCGACCCGCAGAGGCCUCCUGGGAAGUACACCUUCCAAACCAACCAGCUUCCUCGACCGCAGUACCCGGCUGUCAAGACUAUUGAUAGCAAAACUAUCAAGCAGGUUGUCAACAAUACAAGGAAGACGAAUUCAGGGGAUGGAUGGAGAGAAGGGGCAGGUUCAGCAGUGUCAAGUGACUCAGGGGUUUAUACCGGCGGUGAAGGUGGGGAGUGGUGUGAGGGAGAUGUGUCUCCGAGGUCACGCCGAAGACCCAGGAACCUGGAGAUGGUGAUGCGGGGAUCACACAGCUUUCACUUACGGGAGCUUCAAGUCGCUGACCUUGAUAUUAUGGACGAUGCAGUAGUUACAGGCCACGCGGUGAUACCUCUGCCAAAACUUCCUAGCACAUUCGCUGAAUCACCGGAAACCGAAAAAGAAUACAGAGUGCCUUCUCCUGUAGUAGCUGCACCCAAACCCAUAGAGAAAAACCAGACAAUGACGACACUUGAUCGAUACAGGACCAUAACCAGACCUUCGCGUAUACAAAACUUGGAUUAUAAGGAAGAGGAGAAACUGGUGUUGGACAGGAGGCAACAGGAAGUUUUUAAUAAACAGAUUACUACGCAAAUGUCUGUUUCGUCGAGUGGAGUUGAAUCGCCAACAGCCGCAGACUCGUCAAAGGAAUCAAGCCCUUCAUGCAAGAGCGAGGAGAGCAACUUCAAUAGCAGCGCUUGGCACAAUCACGCGGCUGGAGAGGCGAUGGCGACGAGAUCACAAGAUGACGUUUCACUUGCACUAAGUGUUUCGAGCGUUGAAGAAGACAAAUCAAAGUUCGAAGUGAAGGAACCUCCAAAGUUUGAGCCUGAUGUGCCCAAGAAAACCAUCGUUAUCACUGAUGAGCCCCCUCAUCCACUCCUCAUGAAGUCCAUCACCUUAAAUCAACAGGAUGCUUUACGAAGCACUAUGAUGGGUUCAAUGACCAGCUCCAACUACAGUACAACAAGCACUUGCACAGACCACGGCCACACUCUCACUCUAAACCUGGAGUCCAAAUUCGACAUAUCCGCUCUAGAAACAUCGACGCAGAGCCUUCUAGACGACGAGACGUCUCCAGCAGACAGCCUAAUAUCUUCUAGCAGCACGAGUGACUCUAACGACAUCCACGGAGAUCAGCCCUCAAUAUCCAGUGCAUAUCAAACUGCAAAUACUAAGACUAAGUCGCCGGAUCCAAUUGUUGAAGAAGAUGAUGAUAUUAUUGAUGGGGAGGUGCCAAGCCCUAAGAAUAGAGCGGGAAGCAACAGCUCUGGUAGUUCAGUGUCCGGCAGCAAGCAGAGCCCCCCAUCCCCGGGAACGCCCACGCACGCCUCUGCUUCACUCUCGUUAUCUGACGGACGGGAUUUCUUCGACGACGAGAUCGCUGACCAACCCGCACUGCUUUUCAGAAAGAAUAAUCAAGGCAGUCCAUCGCUGAAGAGAUCAGACUCCGACGCCGGAAAACAGCUCAGAAGAUUGAAAGACCAACUGACGUCCAGUCCACUCGCGCUAAGGAAUAGAAAACUGAACGGACGCAACCCAGCAGAGCGGACUCCAUCCCUGGACACUCUUAGCAGCCUGGCUUCAGAUGAUCUGAUGAUGGACAACGACCUGGCGCAGUCCAUCACCAGUCUGCAGAGCGUGGACGAUUACAUCGAGAGGUUGGAUAGUUCACUGCGCAGUGGACUCAAUUCCUUGGACGAGAAGCAACUGCGCGAAGAGUUAUCGUCUUCGAAGAACGCGGUGCGUCAAUGGAGCCAAUUGCUACAGAAGAACAAUUUGCUGGACAAACAGUUGGCAGCCAUGGCGCAGGGGAGAUCUACUGAGUCGCUUGCUAGCAGCACUACCAGUCUUACCAACCUGGGGGCCAGUCUACCAGUUCGCACGGCGCGUCUCCUGCAGCGAUCCCGAACGCAGACACCCUCAGAACCUGCCCUUAGCGAUGGCACGGCAUCCCCGUCCCCCGCACCCGCCUCACUCCUUCAAGAUGUCGUCGAUAUUAAAACAUUGCUGCUGCAACUCAAACGGGUCCUACAGGAGCCAGGGGAGGAGCGUCAUUCGAUGAGUAGCGAAACUCUCGACCCGUUGCUAGCGGCGUGCGCGGAGAGUCCCGCGCGCGGCAACGGGCGCCGCCCCCCCGCCCCGCCGCUGCACCCCGAUGCCUGCGCUGACUUGAGGAGGCAGAUCCUGUACCUACAGGGUCAAUUGGAGGAACGCGACCGUCUGGUGCGAGUGCUACAACAACAGAUGUUGCGAAUGGCAGAAAAUCAUGAGCCUAGGGCUGAUGACACGUGCAAUGUUGCCACGCAGACAGACAGGUUGCGGCCGCCGAUGGGUACGGCGCUAGCGAGUUCUGAAAAUUCCGGAUUAGUGAGUUGGAAUGAGCAAGCGAGCGGAAGAAAGCUGCAGUUCUAUAGUGAAGCACAAAAGACUAAGAGACCUGCUACCAACGGGAUAGUUAAAUGUCAGUGCGGUGCGAGAAAAGCUAAUGGACACAUUGAUGAUAGCAAGCAAACGGACGGACAAACAGAAACAAUCCAUCUUAAACCAAAUAGCCGCGUAGGUUCCAAAUAUCUUCAAGCUGUAGCUACUAAUACUGAAAACAGAAGGUAUAUCAAAAGAGACACGUCGUUUGGGGAUAAAUCUGAUCGAAGGAAUCUUUACACAAAUCGUUCACGCUCUAUUGAAAACUUUCACAAUCAGAAUUACUCCACUGAGCCUCUGUUAACCAAAGCAGUUGUUAUUGAGGAGACGACGAAACACCACACGUCUUACGGGGAUCUGUAUAAUGGAAGGAUAAGUAGUAGAGAGAGUGUAAAUAGACAUAGUCCAAGCUUGAACGGUCAAUCCACUGAUACAGAUUAUAGUUCAGAUGGUGGUUAUAAAUCCUUGCCGUCAUCCAUUAACUACGGUUCGCCAAAGAAAGUAAGCGGCAUACCCAGACGAUCACUUGAACAGAAAUUUACAAAACAGAUAAGAACUAGUGUUGUAUGAAUUUUUUGACUAGUGUCAUCUGGUAUGACGUAAUUUUCGUGCCUGCCAAAAUCAUAAAUAUUUGUAAUUUUGAAAAAUGAUUAUAGAAAGUUUUAGACUUCACGCAGAUCAUUGAUUCUGAAAAUUUUCAGUACGAUCAUUAUUACAUUUACGACUACAACAUCCUGUAAAACUAUAAAUUGAAUCCAUUUUGGCCGUUUAAGAAAAACAUAAUUGAAUGAUUACUUUUUAUUAAAUAAAAAAGGUACUACUCCUUAUUACCUUUUAAGAUUUAUCGUCUCCUUGAUACUUAUGUCCACAUUUUAUAUAUACCCAUAUGUUUUGUAUUAAUAUCUACAAAAUGCUUUUGUAAAAGCCAGAUCUCAAUGUAAAAAAGUGCAAUUUUUUGUUAUAUUUUUUUUUCGCACUUAGUUAAAAUAAACAACAAACUUAGAUGCAAAUUUGUUGUGAACCGCAGCUAAUUUCGUAAUAGGCGUGAAAUGGUGUACUUAUUUCAUCGUAUGUUGUAUUUGGAAUGAAUUGUUGAUAUGUUAUUCAUAAAUAAAAUAAAUCUAUAUCGAUUUGUCUAGCGGACAUCAUAUCAUGUUCUUUUGAGCUACAUAUAUUUAUUUGGUGAUAGCCUAUCAGUUAGGCUUACAGGGCUUUAGAACAACAGCGCUUUUAUUUAUGAAACACUUAAUCAACUUUAAAUCUAUAUUUUCUUCCUAUAAGCCCAGCUGAUAGGGAAGUCCCAGUUUGUGUCUGCGCUUUUCCGUGUCAAAAAUUGUAUUUAGCUUACUCGCAUUUAUAUAUAUCGCCUCGCCAGCUAGAUAAGUUACUUGGAUGCCAAAUCUAUUUAUACCUUUAAUUGCAAUUGCAAUAUUUUGUAUUGUUUUGACUCCAGUGAUGUUCGUACCAAAAUAGAUCAAGACUUAUUUGACUUUACUCGAGAACUUUAGCACAUUUAGCACAAGAUUUAAAAAAAUAUUGCUAAAGUUUAUUAACAUCUUUAAUGUAAAGGAUUCAGAUUCAGUUUGUGUCAAUAAAAUGUACUUUUUUAUAAUUUAUUUAAAUUAGCGAUACAAUAAAAUGGUGCAUGAAGAGAGAGAGAGAGAGAUAUUCUAGUUCUAUUUUGGUUAGAUCGUUUGGACGUGGACUUGAAAUUGCUAUUUCAAAAGCGAUUGCUUUGGCAAUGUUUAUUUUAUAUGUAAAUUCGUUCUGACCCUUCUGUAUUAUACAGUUAGGAUAAAAUACAAAUUAGGAACUAUUUUUUCUAGUUUACUCAUUAGCCAUGUAAUUAAUGUUAUCUUAGAUUUUCUAUGAUAGACAAAUUAGGUUAUGAUGUUGUGAUAAGUGCGGUUGUAAUGUUUUCUUUUAAAUUUUGUUGAGAACUGGUAAAAUAGUAUGCCCUCUGUUUAAUAAGAGAAAAUAUGUAUAAAGUAUAUAUUUUUUUUUGUUAUUAUGUUAUCCGAAAAAUGUUUGCUAAUGCCAACUUAUAUACACGGCAAAUUAUAUAUACACGUUCGUAGUAAUACUGCCAAUGCCAACAGAAACGUAUUCUGAUUUAAAAUAAUUGAUGUAUUUGUCUUAUCAUUCUGAGCAAGCGCGACAUGUAAUGGAAAUGUAGUAUUUUUUUUUUCAUAUUCAGAUUUCUCGGAAACUGUAUGCAAAAAAUAGAAGUCAUUCAGAGCAGGCGUCAUUUUUAUAUAACAGCUAAAGAAAAUGCGCAUUAUUAAAGAUUUUUGCCAUAAAAAGCACCAAGCUGUCCAAUUUUGAGAUAUUUUGAAUCAUGCAAAAGGUUGCUCUUCAGUUUAAGUCUUUGAAUGAAUUAUUGACGUUAAGAAUUUGUCGCUAUAAUUUACUAAAGCAAAGAAGCUUUGAAUAUAAUUAACGUAUGCGUUAAGAAGUUGUAAUCUUCCAAAAGCCUAAAUUAGUGUUCUGUAUAACUAGAUGUGAAUUUUAUGAAUUCUGUACUUACUCGAUUAUUGUCAGUUUUAUGUUUUAUCUUUGUAUAAAUUGCCUCUUUAGUUGUAAUUUUAAAUGCAGUAGCUUUAGUAAAUAUUAUACUAUUUUAAUGAACUGUUUCAAUAAAUAAUUAUAAUUUUUGA